AUGGCUUUCGCCAAUGAACCUGCCGGCGCCAAAACGCCUUCACCGCCCAGCACUAUCCGAACUCCUCCUGCACCUCAACUAGGGUUCCAUGAUAGCUGGGAACCUUACUCUCCUCCGCGCAAGUCGGCAAGACUGUCUUCACAAAGAGCCGCCAAUCGAACCCCUUCACCUCGAGCUUCCCACCGCCAGCAACCCGGUUCCCCACGAACAGCGAAAAAGAGUCUCGCUCGAACUGGCGCUCCCAUGGUUUCACCAGUGACGUCUCCUCGCAAGAGGUCACACCCCGCUCUCGACUCUCGCCGUCAGGUGUCUUCAUCUUUGACUGCCGAAGGAACUGCCAAUGCUGCCGUCGCGCUUGGUCUCAAUGUAGACAAAGGCGUGCAACGCUCGACGACGGCUUCGGUUUCACAAUCCGCUGGUAUGCUGCCCACGCCGUCAAAGACGCCUCAAAAGCCACCAAAUGAAAAGACUGCGGCCAGCAUUCAAUCUUUUGCCCGAAACCUCUUCUCGUCUGAGGAAGAAGUCUUGCCAUCUCCUAGGAAGCGACGAUCUAAGAAAUAUUCCGGAGUUACGAUGGAGAGUUUCACGGCCGAGGAAGAAGAGGACCCUAUCACUAUUUUCACCGAUUCGCAAGACCGUAUCCCUGAGAAGGACAACAGUGAAGCAAAUCCGUUUUAUGGCAGCGCGGCCACGGCCGCCGAACCAAGCAAGAGACAAAGCCGGCGAAAAGUAGUUAGCAUUCCUGGCGAGGGUGCUCAGUCAAUAGACGAGGCUGCUCGUCGCGAGGAUGGUAUAGUUUAUGUCUUUCGUGGCAAGAAGUUCUUCCGCAAGUUUUCUGAACAGGACCAAUCUGAAGAGAUUGCUGCCUCUGCCGAGGAUGACGAAUUGCGGCUCAACCGACCCCUCACCCGCGCCUCUGUGAAGCCUCGACUCCUCUUCCCCACGCAAAAGACUACUGCGGAGGAUGAUGAGGAAGCCUUGACUGACGUGGAGGACAUGAACCUGAUUGACGAACACGUCCCCCAAACACCCAUGAAAGCACAUUCGAUUCCAGCAAAGACCCCGGAAGCACCAAAAUAUGCGCCCGUUUCCCCUCCUGACACAAGACGGACAACCCGUUCGACAAAUAAGCUGGCGGAUACGCCCAUGAAAGGCACAGGCCGCAAGAGUCCGUUCGACUCGUGGCCUCGAACAAAGGAGCACAAGAGCCAGUCGCCAGCACCCAAGAGAGCCGGCGAGAGUCUUGCUUCCGAAACCACCAAACGAACUCGUGCUUAG